AUUGCCCCCCACCAAAAAUAAAUAAAAACCCACAAAAAAUCUCAAAUUUCAUCAUCUCUUCCAUUAAAAAAAAAAGUUGAAAUGGAAAUCAUGGAUUUCCAAUUAAUCUCAAAAUUAAUCUUGAAUAUUUUCUUGUUAAUGUUCAUAUUUUGCAGUAUAAGAAUCUUCUACAGUGUUUGGUGGAAGCCCAAAAGCCUGGAAAAAUAUUUCCGGCGGAUCGGCGUCGCCGGAAGUUCUUACCGGCUGUUUUCAGGCGACCUGAAGGAGGCGAAGAAGCUGAUGUCAGAGGCGGCGGCGAAGCCGAUGACGCUGAGCCACGAUAUCGUGCCACGUGUCCAGCCGUACUGGGACCGGAUGGUCCGGGAGCACGGGAAGAUAUCGGGCAGCUGGCACGGGACUACGGCCCAGGUGGUGGUCGCCGAUGCAGCGAUAAUAAGACAGAUUCUAAACGCUAGAGAUGGAAGCUUCCAGAAGGUUCCUCGGAAUCCUCUGGUGAAGCUGUUGACUUUGGGGGUAUCAACUUUGGAAGGGCGUCGAUGGGAGACCAGAAGGAAAUUAGUCAGCCCUGCUUUCCACCAUGAUAAACUUCUCGGAAUGAUACCGACGUUUCUAACUAGUUGUAGCAACUUAGUCGAGAGAUUGACGAACAAAAUCGAGGGUUCUAGUGGAAACCUUGAGCUUGAUAUCGCGCCGGAGAUGCAUCGCCUUGCGUCGGACAUCAUUGCCCGAGCAGCGUUUGGGGUGAGCUUCGAAGAAGCCGAGACGAUAUUCAAGCUUCAAAAGGAGCAAGCUGCAUUGGUUCUUGACGCAGCUUCCACCGUGUAUUUUCCGGGUUCAAGGUUUUUGCCAACUAAGAGGAAUCGAAGAAUGUAUGAAAUCGACAGGGCGAUAAAAGCAAAGUUGAGAGAUAUGAUCCUCGAGAAAGAACGAAAAAUAGGGAAUGGAGAAAUGGGUGGCGACGAAGAUUUGUUGAGUUUGCUUCUGAAGAGCCAAAAGCAAUCCGGUAAUGAUAUGACUAUCGAUGAUGUAAUGGAAGAGUGCAAAUUGUUCUACUUUGCAGGGCAAGAGACGACCGCAAAUUGGCUCAUGUGGACAAUGAUCGUCUUGUCAAUGCAUCCACAAUGGCAAGAAAAAGCCCGGGAAGAAGUUCUCCACGUCUUUGGCAAGAAAAUCCCCGACGUCAAAACUCUAAACCAACUCAAAAUAGUGUCGAUGAUUUUGCAAGAAGUCUUGAGAUUAUACCCUUCAGUACCUAUUACCGUCCGACACACACAUGAAGCAAUAAAAAUCAGGGACAAAAUCAUCCCACCCGGCGUUAACCUCGUACUACCAACGUUGUUGCUUCAUCACAAUCCCGUAUAUUGGGGAGAAGAUGCCGAGGAAUUCAAGCCAGAUAGAUUUGCCGAAGGAGUUUCCAAGGCGGGUAAAGAUCACGACGAGUUGGCAUUUUAUCCAUUCGGUUGGGGGCCGCGGAUUUGCUUAGGACAAAACUUUGCCGUCAUGGAAGCAAAACUCGCCUUAACGAUGAUUCUUCAAAAUUUCGUAUUCGAGCUCUCGCCUUCUUACACUCAUGCUCCCCGCGCUGUCUUAACAUUACAACCUCAAUACGGAGCUCCAUUGAUACUACGCAAACUAUAGCUAUUCGAAUGCAUAUUGUGUUAAAGUUUUUAAUAACGAUUUCUUUUAUCGUUUAAGAAAUUUUAAAUUUUUGCUAUUAAUUGUUAAAAAUUUUAUUUUUAUGUAUUUUACAAUAAAAUAAACAAUAUAUUUAUUAUUCAA